AUGAAUGAGGAAAACCACUGCUACUUGCCGCCUAUUCCGCAGCGACAACCUCGCCCUGUAACACGGAAAAGGAGAGGACCUCCUAAUGCUGAAAAGUUGCCUGUGCCAUCUAAAAAUGACAAAGAGCAAAGUCCCCACUACAGAUCACCAAGAAGAGAACACGACAUCAAGGAUUCCACACAUCUGGUAUCACAGGCGCGGAACGAGUCGCCGCUACAAGUUCUAUCCCGGACAGAAAGAGAUAAAACUCGACCUCGAAAAAUGAAUAACACAGCAAACGACAAAUCACCCCCUAGAAAAGAGAAACCAUUGAUCAAAAGAAAUUCGCCUUCAAGAAGAGGCGGAUCUCACCAUUCACCCAGAAGGAGUGGUGGUCCUGAUGACAACCAAAAAGCAGUUGCUUCCGUUCGGUUACCUAGAAUUCAAACAGGGAAACCAAAAAUCAGGAAAAUGAGGAGUAGUACAAACCAAAGGAGAAAAUUUCUGAACGAUCUGAAACCCAGACUGGAAAUUUUAGAAGAGGAAACGCGUGCCAUGCUUGAGGCGAAAAGCAAUUGUCUACAAAACCUGAUUGAAAUUAGGGCUUACACAAAUGCAAGAGACAUUUUAAAGAGAGAAAAGAUCCUCGUGAUCAAGUCAAAACCAGGAGAAGGUAGCUCUUCCAUUGCAACAAAGCUGUUACAAGAAUUUACACAGACAGACGACCGCCACCCAAAGAUUCCACUUCAAGUUACAGAGGCUGGUGACUUUGACGAAGCUCUUGGUAGGAAAAAUACAGUUAUUUUUAUUGAUGACUUGUUUAAAUUGGGAACAGCGUCUCUUGAAAACAAGAAAGAGUGGGUUAUAAAACUUCAGCGUCUUAUGACUGCCGUGCAGGUUAAAGAUAGAAAUAGCUACGUCAUCAUUACAAUGCGUGAAGACGCUUGCGAACAUUUGCAGACAGCUUUUCGAGACCAAAAAUCCUUCCAAGCUGCAGUGAUAAACAUAAGCGAAGAGAACAACAGUCUUAAUUUCGAGGAGAAGAAAGCAUUACUAAAUCAAUAUGUGGCACCAUUUGCAACCUUAACAGAUUCACAAUCUGAGGAGCUUAUCAAUGCCUCCCUUGCGUUUGGUUUUCCAAAGUGCUGCGAUAUUUUUCACACCAAUUUCAACCUUCAUGUAAUUCCAUUGGAAUUUUUCAGUGAUCCCCAAAUCUUUAUCCAAGAUGAGUUGGAGGUAAUACUCAAAGAGGAUCCCCCAAGACUGGCACCUCUGGCUCUUGUUCUCCUGGGUGGAGGGGCUCUCUCAGAAAACCAACUCCAUGUCAUCGCCAUCAAGAGAAAUUGUCGUCUGUGGACCAUACUCGAAAAAUAUUACGAGGAUCUUACAAGAGAACCAAAGCAAGUAAAGACCAUAGCGCAUGCAGCAAGAGGAACUUAUCUACAUUUCGAUCGGAAUACAAAUCUAUUCACGUUUCCUCAUCCAUCAAUACAAAAAGCCAUGGCAUGUGUAUUGGGCAGAGUAAACUUGAAACCUGUAAUAAAACAUUGCGACCUGUCAGUUCUUCCAAAUAUUCGCACUAAAAGUGACUUGUGCAAAUCAAAAGACACAAUUCUUUUGGAGACUUCAUGCUACAAGCCUCUCUGUGAAAUGAUCAUCAAAACAAUGUUAAAGAGACAGACGGGGCAUUUUGAAGCUUUGUCCAGAAUGCGUGUCUGGGAAGAGGAAAACUUUGCAUCAUCCUUUGCACAUUUUCUCAAGCAGAAGAACAGGGAAGAGGCGUUUUCUAUACAGGAUGCUUCAAGUAGGUGGCUUAUUGAACAUGCACUGCAAAAUGAUAAAUACAAAGCGGUUGAAAAUAUGAUAUCGGUCGCUGUAAAGACUGAACAGAGCAAAUACUUGUUAGACAAAUCCUGUGUAAACAACUCACAUCAGCUAGCAGUGAGACUUCUAAAUUACAACGUCCGCCCCGAUAUCGAGACAAUUCAGUAUGGUAUAAAAGGCAGAAAUGUACCAAUUCUCCGUGCCAUACUUAAUCGUACAGAGAAAAACAUCGAUCCAUUUGCGCGAACAAAAAGUAAACUAAUGGACGAAUUCUCUUCUGACGUCACUAUUGCAGAUGAGGCAUGUUUGUCCGGUGACGCAGAAAUUGUACGUGUCAUAACCGAGUAUUUUCCCGACCUCGUGAAUUCAAGAAAGGAAAAUAGCUUCCUUGUUUUGAUUAAAGCUGCGAUCGCAGGUGAGAGUUGCGAAAUUGUGAAUAAAAUAGUGGAAAUGGGCGUUGAUGAGCGGAUUGCCCGUCAACACGGACGUAAGAAGAACGUUGUCUUUUCAAUUGCAUGCAAGAAUGGAGAGACAGAAGUUGCUAAAUAUUUCGGUAAAGAUGACAUUUCUCUUUUUUCUUCAAAAGAUAAAAAUAGUUACACACCGUUGCAUUCAGCUGCCAUUGGUGGAACAAGAGAACUCGCCGUUUAUCUUAUUCAAGGUGGAGUCGAUCCGUUUGCGGUGACGGUGAAGCAAGCUACUGCUCUCCAUCUGUCUUGUGCUAGCGGAAACCUCGACGUUGUGUCCUUCCUUGUAGAUGAGUAUCCAGCUCUUGUUGAAAUGGAAGAUAGUAAAGAAGCCACCCCAGUACAUUAUGCCACUAGAGGAGGAUCUAUUGAAAUUUUGACUCUUCUCAUAGAACGGCAAGCACAUAUUUCCAAAGUCACCAAGAAAGGGGAAUCUAUAUUUCAUGUCUCUUGUCGCUGGGGAUACAUAGAAAUCGCCAAACUGAUUGUCGAGAAGUGUCCCGAGUUGUUGUUUGUUACAACCAAAGAUGGAAGGACAGCACUCCAUUUUGCCUGCGCCACAGAUGACCUUGAUCUUGUCAAGUUUCUUGUUGAAGACCUUCAUCUUAGCCCUCUACAAACAACCUGUGAUGGAAAAACCUCCCUUCAGCUCGCCACUGGAUAUCAAGUCAAGGAAUACCUUCAGGGAUUCUGUCAGGGGGAGAAAUCGUCUUUCAAUCCAGAAAUUAAUACAAGCUUGUUUCAGACAUCACUAGUGUGA